AAGCUGAUUCACGAAUAAUAAUAAUAAAACGCACGUGCUAUAGCCUUCCUACCAAAACAGACGUUACUAUUGUACUGCAUGCAUUCUUAUAUCAACAAUGGAUAACAAAGCCUUGGAGCCAAAAGAACAAUAUGAGAUCAGUGUAGUUCAGACAAGAAGUGAAACAAGUGAGUUGCCGGUAGAAGCUGUUGAUUCUGAGUUGUCCACUUCACUACCAAAAGAAGCAUCUAUCAUGGAAUCAGCUAAUAACGAAGCUAGAAAUACGGAUUUAAACGUAUGUGAAGAAGUGGUGCGAAGUGCAGCGUGUAAGGAUGAACCUACAGAUACUGAAAUGGAUUUAGCAGAGGAUUUUACACAGGGAGCCCGUAAUGUUGCUGUUGAACCUCUGGUUAACAUAAAGCAAGAAAGUCAACUAUCUUAUCAAGAGAAGGUAGCGCGAGAGCGAGCAGUUGAAUCACAUGCAGUACUUCAAAUUGCCAACAGCUCACUAUCACUGUUAUCUCAAUAUAUUAGUUCAGAUUCAGAUUCCAAUAUAACAGACUCGGAGGAGGAACUGCAAAUCAAAACUACUAAGACAAUCAAACAAGAAUCUGAAGACGAUAGCUCUGAGGAAAGUGUUGAGAUUUUACAGAACACCUCAAACUACCGCUACCAGCAAACCGCCAUUGUUGUCAGUGACACAGAAACAGCACCAAAUGCAACUGACGAUGAGUCUGACGGUGAUUUGUUUUCAUCAGAAGAUGAAACAGCACCACCUGUUCCAGUGAUAGCCAAAGGGGAGACACCUAUUCACGAACUUCCUCCCAUUGAGGAACUUCACAUUACCGUUUCUGAGAAACAAUGUAAACCAAUAGGCUACGUUCAAUCAAUUGUCGCCCAGAUCGUUAUUGUUCAAUCUCAUGCAGGAGUAGAGCUUCUGAACAUAGACACGGUUCUUUUUCUAGAAAAAGGCAAGCGUUCGCUUGGGAAAAUUUUUGAUGUCAUCGGACAGGUAGCCGCCCCAAUGUACUGCGUACUUUUUAAUUCGCGUCAAGAAGUACUGGAUAGAGGUAUCAAAGUAGGAGCACCGGUUUACUGUGCUCCGCAAACCGAACACACCCAAUUUAUCAUUUUGUCUGAUUUAAUGAAACAGAGGGGUUCAGAUGCUAGCUGGUUCGACGAUGGAGAAAUACCCGAAUAUGCGUUAGAUUACUCCGAUGACGAACAGGAGCGGGCCGCGCGGAAGCAGCGUAAUAGUCUCUCUACCAGUACCGGAAGACAAACACCAGAGGGACCAUCCCGGCGACCUUUUUACAGAAGAGGGCGAGGCGGAAGAGGGUACAUUAGAGGUCGACAAUCUGGUCAUAGCUGGCAUCAUAACAUUCAAAGGAUGGAUCAACCACAGCGAGUUCUUAAUCCAUUUGCUGUUGCAUCCAGUUCGGGUGUUAUACUCCUUCCUCCGCCUCCACCACCACCACCAUCCACCCAUUAAUUCGCAACAAUUUUUUUUAGCAGAAGUCGCGAAAGCAGAUGAAUUUUGAAAUUGGCAUUUUGAAAUUUUAAUAGUUAUAUAAAAAAGGUUCAUUAUUUUUUUAUUUUUUAUGAAAUCACAAUGCAUUGAAAAUACAAAA